GCCCACAACAAUAAUGGUCAACAUGAACGUGAGGUCAAUGGGACCCUUCUCAGAAAAACAAGAGUCGUACUCUAUGCAACUGUACCUGCGUCAAGUGUGGUUCGACCCGCGCCUCCGCUUCAACAAGACGGACCUCAGCAAGGCGGAGUUCUCCAUGAAUUGGAUGUUCGCCGCCAAGCUCUGGAAGCCCGACACCUUCUUCAUCAACGGCAAGAACUCCUACGCCCACAAGAUCACGGCGCCCAACACCUUCAUCCGCCUCCAGCACGACGGACAGAUCACGUGGUCCCUCAGGCUCACCGUCCGCGCCAGCUGCAAGAUGCACCUCCGAAAGUUUCCCCUCGACACCCAGCUCUGUCCCCUCAGCCUCGCCUCCUACGGGUACAACGCCGAGGACAUGGUGUACAAGUGGGCGCCAUCCAUGGUGACGGUGGACCCGGACGUGAGCAUCGCCCAGUACGAGCUCUUCAACAUCUCCACGGGCAAGGACCGGGUGGUGGUGCAGCGCAAGGAGAACAGACGGCCAGAAGUGGUCUCAACUCUGAGCGUCAAAUUCCACCUGAAGCGGCUGACGGGCUUCUUCCUCCUCCAAGUGUACGUGCCGUGCAUCCUGAUCGUGUGCUGCUCCUGGGUCGCCUUCUGGAUCACCAAGAAGGACGUGCCGGGGAGAGUGUGUCUAGGUAUCACCACUGUGCUAGUUCUAACCAAGAUGGGAUUUGCUGAACGCGCAUCCUUGCCUAAAGUCACAUACGCCGUGAGCUUGGACUACUUCGUGAUCCUCUGUUUCACAUUCGUCUUCGGCGCCCUCGUGGAGUUCGCGAUGAUAAACUUCCUGGAGCGGAGGGCGAAACGGCACCAGCAGCAGAUGGUGAAAGCCAAGAAAGACUUAGAGGAGCGUGCUAAGGCCGGGAGUGCUGAUGACGAGUUGAUGGCGGCGGAGAAGGACGCGACGAUGAUGGUGACGACAACGGUGAGGGAGGACGGCGGCGUGGGCAUCGGCGCCUCGCUCAAGGAAACCCUUCGAGUCCCUCUCUCCGUCGUGCCCUUGAGCGUCCGUCCUAUCGAGGAGGGCGAGGCGUCCGAGGCAGGGACGCCCGACAGGCAGGCGACGCUGAAAGAGGCGCUCAGGCUGCCUCUCGCCCUGGUGCCGGAGACGCUCGGAGCCAUGAAGAAGAUGGAGAUGGAGGGCGCCGCCAAGAAGGAGGAGAAGGAGGAGGUAGUGAGGUUGAGGAGUGCCGCCGUGUCUCCGGUAAGGCAGGAGGGUGAGGAGGACAGUGGGAGUGGAGGUGUGGACACCAGUGUGGUGAGUGGGGAGAUAGACCCAAUGCUGGGGAGUGGGCGGGUGUCGCGGGAGGGCGUACUCCCCCUCUCCCGCAGCGACAGUGGCAGCAUCACCAGCAAAGGCAGCCUCUUUAAGUUUAAGAAAGAUUCCAAACUGAAGAAAGACAAGUCGCAGGACAGUGAGAGUGACUUGACAGUGAUCAAGGUGGAGAUACAGUCCGAGGACGAGGACACCACCGCCCUCCAGCCGCCCCCGCCGCCCUACACCAUCUGGCAAAUGCUCAUGCGCAAGAAAAAGCUCAUUUCGGAAAUGUCGCUGGCCAACAACAUCCCGUCGGAGGAGGACGUGCUGGAUCGCUUCUCCAUCAUUGACCUGUACGCCCGUCGCCUCUUCCCCUCCUCCUUCUUCAUCCUCUUCACCAUCUACUGGGUGCUCUUCAACUACUAUAUCACGGACGAGUUCCCGCACGAGGACGGGCCCGUGGAGAGCCUCGCGCACGGCGACUAGCCCACCCUGCGCCGGGAGGACGUGACGCUCCUCCCGGCGGCGACAGAGGAGGCGGUGUGGGCGUGACUUCCCUCUCGGUCGCGGCGAGUCUCGGCAGCACGCAUGGCCGCCAGGGCCGCUGCGGGCUGGCG